UGGCUCGAAGUUCAGCAUGACACCUGUUUGUUCCACAUAUAUGCCUUGGGCAAGAUCCUACCAUCCAAGAUUAUCGCUUACCUUGGCAACCAAGACUUCCGGAAUUCAAGAGAUACCGGAAGUGACGUUUCCUUGCUUCCCGUCCCGCCAUUGUUGCCAUUUCUUAGUGUCCUGGAGGUGUGUGGCGCUGGUGAGCCAUCGCGCAUGCGGGUGGCGACGCGGUGGGAAGUGCGGCCCGCACUCGGGGCGCGACACCGGCAGAGCCGGGGUGCUUGCCCGAGGCGGAGCCUCCUCGCGCUCGGGUCGCUUGGCUUGGGGUCGGCUCGGGUUGUUGGCGCCCGUGCGUCAGCGCUGCACGGGUCAGACGCGGCCAGGUGACACUCUCCUCACCUCCUUUCUUGACUCUGAAAAACAGUUCCUGCAGCUUGAAGCAGAGACUCAUUUCCAGUGUGCCUGCUGUAGCUGGGACCAGCUUCUCUCUGGGAUCACAAUGACCAUGGAAGGCAGGGGGACACUAGAUAUCAUCCCCAGGACUGCGGUGUAUCAGAAGCAGGAGGGGAGCUUGACUGUAAAGCAGGAACCAGGAAGCCAGACCUGGGGACAGAAGAACUGCCCUCCUGUCUGUGAAAUAUUCCGACUGCACUUCAGGCAGCUGUGUUACCAUGAGAUGUCUGGCCCUCAGCAGGCCCUGAGCCGGCUCAGGGAGCUCUGCCACUGGUGGCUGAUGCCAGAGGUCCACACCAAGGAGCAGAUCCUGGAGCUGCUGGUGCUGGAGCAGUUCCUGAGCAUCCUGCCCAGGGAGCUUCAGACCUGGGUGCAGCUGCAUCACCCCGAGACUGGCGAGGAGGCUGUGGCCGUGGUGGAGGAUUUCCAGAGACACCUUAGUGAGUCAGGGGAGGUUUCACCUCCAGUACAAGAACAGGAUGUGCAUUUAAAGAAGAUGGUAGCUCUGCGUGCCACAGAGCAGUCGCCUACCUUAACCUCUGGUUGUUGCUCAGCCCCUGAUGACCUCUUGAAUCCUCCCUGUGACCCAGGAGCACACCACUUCCCCAGUGGACACUUCGAUCCUGCUUUUCCCAGAGUGGGGAACUCCAGAGCCCAGGCAGUGGCUAGUGUGCUUAGGAUGGUCAGGCCUCAGGUAAGAACAGGAUGGGAAGUUCUGAGUACAGCCCCAAGCAGGGCAUUUCUAAAGGAUCACAUUCACUUGACACAUCCUCAGGAGGACUCUUUGGAGUGGCCCUGGUAGAACCAGAGUCUGGAGAUAUCUGUGAAGACCCUUUAGCACAGGUGGAAGGGUGUCCCUCAGAUGAAGGCAGUGAACUAGAAAGUGAUUUCCUGGAAAAGAAUGAUGAGAAAAAUUCCACCAAAGACAGAAUCGAGGACAGUAAAGAUGUAAGGGAACGUCCAGAAUCGCCCUCCAGUCCUGCUGAGCAUCAGAGAGAAGCCAAGAGGCAGAAUUCCUAUCAAUGUGAUGAAUGUGGCAAAAUUUUUAACCGGAGCUCACACCUCCUUGGACAUCGGAGAAUCCACACUGGAGAGAGACCCUCUGAAUGUAAUGAGUGUGGGAAGACCUUCCUACAGACAUCUCAGCUAAUUGUUCACCUCAGAACACACACUCAGGAAAAACCUUAUGAAUGUCAAGAGUCUGGGAAGACUUAUUGUCACAGUUCCCGUCUUAUUCAACACCAGAGACUCCAUAAUGGGGAGAAACCUUAUAAAGGUAAUGAAUGUGUAAAAGCUUCCAUUCAGAGUUCCCAGCUCAUAGACCACAAGGGAGCCCACGCUGCAGAGAAACCUAAUGAGUCUGAAGAGGCAUUCAUUUGGAGCAAAAGUCUCCAACAUCAGGUCCUUCAUACCAGUAAGAAGCCCUAUGAGUGUAAUGAAUGUGGGAAAGCCUUCUGUUCCAACAGAAAUCUUACUGACCACCAGAGGAUCCACACUGGGGAGAAGCCUUAUGAGUGCAUUGAGUGUGGCAAGGCCUUUAGUCGGAGUAAGUGUCUUACUCGACAUCAGAGUCUCCACACUGGGGAAAAACCAUACAAAUGCAGUGAAUGUGGGAAAGCCUUCAGUCAGAACUCUCAGCUCAUUGACCAUGAACGAAUUCACACAGGUGAAAAGCCUUUCGAAUGUAGUGAGUGUGGUAAGAAAUUCAGUUUAAGUAAAUGCCUUAUUCGGCACCAGAGACUUCACACUGGAGAAAAGCCCUACAAAUGCAGUGAGUGUGGAAAAUCCUUCAAUCAAAAUUCUCACCUCAUUAUACACCAGAGAAUUCACACUGGUGAGAAACCUUAUGGAUGUAAUGAAUGUGGGAAGGUCUUCAGUUAUAGUUCUAGCCUUAUGGUGCAUCAGAGAACCCAUACUGGUGAAAAGCCUUAUAAAUGUAAAGACUGCAUGAAAUCCUUUGGUGACAGUUCACAGCUUAUUGUGCACCAGAGAGUUCACACUGGUGAGAAGCCUUAUGAAUGUAUUGAAUGUGGGAAAGCCUUUAGUCAGCGUUCCACCUUUAACCACCAUCAGCGAACUCACAACGUGGAGAAGCCCUCAAGUCUGCUUCAGACAGUAUCCUAAGGCAUGGUUUCCUGGGACAGAGAAUAAUGAAUUCUGACUUGGUUUGUUUAGACAAAGGAAGCCAGGCAGUGGUGGUGCAUGUCUUUCUUCCCAGCACUUGAGAGGCAGGUGCAGAGAAACCUUGUCUUGAAAAGCCAAAAAAAAAAAAAAAAAAAAAAAAAAAAGGAUAUUUAUUUUACUCUCUUUCAAAAGAGUGCUUUCUAUUUGGUCACUAAGGCAGGAGAAUAAUAAUAACUUAGUAAAGUCCUUCCUUCCUUACUGCUGGAAAAGUAAAAACCACAUAUUAUCACAUAUUUUUAUUUACUUCUAGCUUUUUCUUUUUUAAAACUAUCUUAAAACGUGUUUCAUUUUUAAAUUUUGCUUUCCACAAUUUGCGAUUUUCAGGCACAGUGAUAAUACCUCCUCUACUUCAUUCUAACCUCUGCACUUCAUCCUUUAUUUAAAGACUUUCUGUAAGACUCUCAUCACUCUUACUUCUUGCCUAUAGCUCUCUGCACUUAUUUUGCCCCUUCAUACUUUUUAUAUGUGUGGGUGAAUACCACUUAGGUGCCUGGCAUCUACAGAAGAGGUCAUCAGAGCCCCUGGAACCGGACUUAGAGCUGUCAGCCACCGUGUGACAGUGGGGAUCAACCAGAGUCCUCUGGCUGAACUACCGAGCCAUCUCUCCAGCCUUCACAUUUGUUUUUUAAAGUUAGUCCAGUUUAGAGCUUAUCACUUAAAUCCCCCUCCCCAGAAAAAAAAUUCCCUUUGUUAGUGUUUCUUCAUAGCCUUGAAGAUCUGUCCGGUUUAAGGACUUUUAAUGUUUUGUUUAUUUUUAAAUGGAAUAUAUUUAUAAUGUCUGUACCUGUGAGUGCACUGGUUCUAGAGGACAGGAGAGGGCAUUGGGUCCCCUAGAGCUGUGGAUUGUGAGGUACCUGACAUGGGUGCUGGGAACUGAACUUGGGUCCUCUGUAAUAACAGUACAUAUUCUUAACCACUGAGCCAUCUCUCCAGCCCCAGGACUUUUUUCUUUACAUGCUUUUCUUUUAAACCUCUGUUGAUCUAAUUUCAAUGCUUUGGUACAACUGUUAAAUUCCCUUGUAAGUAUUUAUACACUUUAACACUAGCGUGUAGGCUCAUUGUGGGUAUAUAUUUUUCAUACAUAGGUAGUUGUACUGAUUACUAAAUAGGUUUUAAAUCUUUGCCCAAAUAAUCCUUAAAUUAGGGACAUACUCCCCUCUCCCCCAAGCUUUUAAGGUGAGAGGUGCAUCUGCAGUCUCACAUACCCCAAAACCCAUUAAUGUUGUCUAUAUCUACUCUAUUGGUUUAUUGUCCUUAAAAGGCUAAGUGUGUGUGUGUGUGUGUGUGUGUGUGUGUGUGUGUGUGUGUGUGUGUGUAACAGAGACAGCACAUAUUUGUAUCUAUUCAGCUGUGCACUCGUGACCCUCUUAGAUGUGCAUUGUGCUGCACACUGACUUGCUAAACACAUUCUGGCUCUUCAGUGAGCAGAUUGAGACCACAGUCAGAAUUUACCAAAAGGCUUGUUGAUGUCAUGGCUGCACUGGGGUUAUGGGCAUACGCUGCCAUGAAUUCUGUGUGUAUUCUGGAGAUGUGCAUUCAGGUCCUCGUGCCAGGUGGCAUACACUCUGCCUACUGAGCCAUCUCUCCAGACCUUGCAUACACACAUUUUCAGGAAAUAAUCUGAAAGAAAAUGUGGGGAAAUUUUCUAUUCUAAUAUACAGUUAUUGGCCCCUCAGGUAUCUGUGAUGUAGAAAAGCAGUCUUAAUCUCGAUAUGGUAGCACAUGCCUAUGAUCCUAGCAUUUGGGAAGCAGAGACAGAUCUUUGUGAAUUCAAGGUCAACUUAGACUUCAUAGCAAGUUCCAGACCAACCAUGUUGAAUCACUGUCUUCAAAGGAGGUGUGAAGUUAGGUAUGACUUUACUUAGGUGUCUUUUUUUUUAAGUUAUAUUUUACAUUCAUGUGCUUGUACCCAUGGAGAUUACAGGACAGCUUGUGGGAGUUGGUUCUGUCAACCAAGUAGAUCCCUCAGAUCAAAGUCUGAAGUUGGGUUAUCAGGCUUGGCAACAAGUGCCUUCACCUGCUGAGCCAUUUCACUUACUUAGUUUUUAGAAACUACCCACUCACACAGGGACAUAUUGUGGGACACACUGUGACAGACCACAGCUUCCAGAAUGAGAUGUUUUCUAGGCUUUGUUGUUCGUUUUUUAUUUUGGGUCAGGGGAGGCUGCAAGGGUGAAGGGUGAACAUGGGGAUGGAAAUGAAUGGGAUAGGAGUGCAUAAUGUGAAACUCACAACGAAUCAAUAAAGUUUUUAAAAGUCUA